AUGGCAGUUGUAAUACGAUAUGUUGACAAAAAAGACCAAGUGAUUGAGCGCUUUUUGGGUAUUGAGUAUGUUGCUAAUACGAAUGCUCUCUCGCUUAAACAAGCUAUAGAAAAUUUAUUCUCCAAACUUGGAUUGAGUAUUUUCAGAUUGUGGGGUCAAGGAUAUGAUAGGGUUAGUAAUAUACAAGCUGUGGCAAAGAAUCAUAAUCAAAUUGCUUUACUUUUCACUUUGGUUUCUAAUGUGGUGAAUGUUAUUGGAGCAUCAUGUAAACGCCGAGAUAUUGUUAGGAAGAAGCAAGCUGCAAAAGCUGCUGAGGCACUUAAUACUGGAGAGCUAUCUAGUGGGCAAUGCUUAAAUCAAGAAACUAAUCUUAAACGUGCUGGUGAUACACGUUGGGGUUCAUACUAUGGUACUUUAGUCAGUUUGGCUAGUAUGUUUUCAACAGUGAUUGAUGUGCUUGAAAUGAUUUCGGAAGAUGAUUCAAAUUCAGAACAACGAGCAGAAGCAAAUAUAUUGUUGGACUCAAUUCAAUCGUUUGAGUUUGUAUUCAACCUUCAUUUGAUGAAAACGAUAUUGGCUAUUACAAGUGAGUUAUCGCAAGCACUACAAAAGAAAGAUCAAGAUAUUGUUAAUGCCAUGAAUUUAGUUCAAAUUUCUAAAGUACGACUCCAAAAGAUGAUGGAGAGUGGAUGGACAUCUUUACUUGAUGAUAUUUUGCCUUUUUUUGAAAAGCAUGAAAUUGAUGUUCCCCAAAUUGAAGAUAUAGAUUGGAAGAGACAAAGUAUAUCCAUUGGUGUAUUUGAUCUUGACUUAGCAUUAAUCUUACCUGUUGCAACUGCUACUGUUGAGAGGGUAUUUUCAGCUAUGAAUAUUGUGAAGAAUUGGUUGCGGAACCGAACAGGUGAUGAAUGGAUGAAUGAUAGCUUGAUUGUCUACAUUGAGAGAGCCGUGGCAAAGAAUCAUAAUCAAAUUGCUUUACUUUUCAUUUUGGUUUCUAAUGUGGUGAAUGUUGUUGGAGCAUCAUGUAAACGCCGAGAUAUUGUUAGGGAGAAGCAAGCUGCAAAAGUUGCUGAGACACUUAAUACUGGAGAGCUAUCUAGUGGGCAAGGCUUAAAUCAAGAAACUAAUCUUAAACAUGCUGGUGAUACACGUUGGGGUUCAUACUAUGGUACUUUAGUCAGCUUGACUAGUAUGUUUUCAACAGUGAUUGAUGUGCUUGAAAUGAUUUUGGAGGAUCGUUCAAAUUCAGAACAACGAGUAGAAGCAAGUAUAUUGUUGGACUCAAUUCAAUCGUUUGAGUUUGUAUUCAACCUUCAUUUGAUGAAAACGAUAUUGGCUAUUACAAGUGAGUUAUCGCAAGCUAAAAGAAAGAUCAAGGUAUUGUUAAUGCCAUGA